AGACUAAUAGCUUAUAUAGCUUGUUGACAUGGGGAUCUUAGGAGUAGUAUUAGCUGUUGCUAUUAUUAGCAUUCACGCCUCAGAUGUUACGGGAGCAAGUUCAGAUCGCUCAUUGAGUGGAACUGAAAGACAAUCUCUGUAUGCUGACUCCAGAACAAUCAGCAGAAACAAAAGAAAUCCACUAAACAACCAAAGACAGAACAAUAACAAUAAUGGUGACAAAAAAGAGGAGAAACAAAAGAAAAAGAAAGGGAGAGAAAAUGCCGUAACCAAAACAAACGGAAAAAAAACUAAUAAAAAAGGUAAUGGCAAAUCAAAAGGCAACAUAAAAAGGAGACAACGAAAAAGAAGCAAAGCUGGCAAUAAAGAAGAAGAGAAUGGUGACACCAUAGGAAAUACAACAGAAAACGGCAAGGGAAAAGGUAAAGGAAAAGGCGAGGGCAACAAUAAAGGAAAAAAAGGGGGAAAAAGUGGAAAAAGAAAACGUAAUAAUGGAAAUAAAAAUGAGAAGGAAGAUGAAGUAAAUAAUAAUAAAGAAAAAAAGAAAGGAAAAAAGAAAAAGCAAAAAAAAAUUCAGAAAACAGAUAAGGUCAAAAAACCAGAAGAGACAAGAACCCUCACUCGGCAAGUAGAUGAUACUUGCGUCAAGGAUCUGGCAACCUUAGCUUCAGUGGCCUCAAACCAAGCUAGAAAUUUCUUCCAGCAAGCAAACAGAAUCCUUGCAAAUAAUGACAUUAAAACAUCUAAGAGCGGGAAGAAAGGAAACUUCAAGGAUCCUGUAAAAAUUCUUAUCAACAACCUUGGUGGAGAUCCUGCCAACUUGACCUGUUCUGGGAAAGCUAUCAGUAAUGAUACAGCCAAAGAAACAACAAAGACAUUGGAGGAAUGUGAGGCGAACAUAACCAGUGCUUGUGUUGCUUCCCUCCCUGAUGCCAACCUUACAAAAGUUCAAGAAUGCAAGACUGUCACAGAUGAUUUCAGAAAACUAUACAUUGAUCUGUUGGGAAAAAAUCUACCUACUAAAUCUGCUGCUGAGAUAUGUCAAGCAACUAAGGAUUCAACACUGACGACCUUAAUGGAUCAAGUGAGGAAUUGUUCAUUUCUAACCGACAUUGAUAAAGCUCAGAGAGAGGAACGUGGUGCUUGUGAUACAGCGUUUAAGAAUUGCAGACAAGCAGAGAGAGAUACAAUAGCAGCAAUAAACAGAUGUGCGACAUGCCCAUCUGCAGACACCCUUGCAGCUGAGAUAGCUGUCCUUGAUAGUUUGGAAAAUGCUUUUAACAAAACUGAGGAGGCUUUAGAUGCAGCACUAAAGGCUGCAGGUCUAAAUACAGGAGCUGGUUCUAAUGGAACGCUCUCUGCUGAUGCUCUAGCAGGCCUAGCAAACAUAAGUACAGAAGGCCUGGCUGAUGGAUGUAAAGCUAUUCUUCAAGGGUUCAUCAAUUUCAAUAGAUCUGCAGAAGCGUCCGGUUCUGAUCCAAACAAGCCCCUAAAUCAAGUAAAUGCAGCUAAAGCAGCUGAAGCAUUGAAUACCAUUAAUUCAAGAACAACCCUUCUAGAAGAUAUAAAGUCAUGCCCUGCAGCGCCAGCCAGACAAUCUUUCAGUUUUGCAAUUGUAUACAUUAGAUUUUACAUAUUCUGGUGCAUAAGAUGGAGAAGAGUUGUUGUAAUCAUCAGAAUUCAAGUCCUCGUAGUUAUCUUCAACGUACCGAGACCAACCACUACUCCGCAAAUAACAACUAGAGCGCCUUCUGGAAGAUUACUUCGGAGAGACAAACUAAUAAAAUCUGUUUUCCUUAGAAGAAAUUAGGACAACAGAUGGAUUGAACUAUUCCAGUGAGAAGACCCACAUUUGCCAAGCCACGGAUUAUGAGAAUGCCAACAAGCUACAUGCUACUAGUGACAAAUGACUACUUAAAACUAACCUAUUAAAAAUGCUUACAAAAGACACACAAAAAAGUGCCGACACAAGACGUUGACUAAAGACUAUAAUUUAACAUGUUUAUUAUAUUUAAAGAUAUUUUCCAUUAUUCAUAUAUGUACAUGUAUAAAUAAAUAAAGGAUACGCAUUGCAA